CUUCAAGGAGAUCAAUAGAUGCCGCAAUCCACGUCCCAAAACUCCCAAGAAUCGAUGUUUCAGUGCCAAAGGUACGUACCAUGAAGCAAGCUGAGGAACUAAUACCCAAAGGCAGAACCCCAUUAUUAGAAAAGAGUACACAUGUACAACUACACGACAAUGAACAAGAGCAUUCUACAAACUCCGACGCCCUUAUUCAACUCUACGCAAUCCUGGAAGCUGUAUCUGACAGGGUUGAAAUGCACAACAACAUGGCCGAGCAACGUGACAACUGGAACACGCUUCUUUUGAACUCCAUCAACAUGCUCACACUCACUGCCACAACCAUGGCUGGUGUUGCAGCCACGUGCGGUGCAGGUGCACCGCUUUUGGCUUUGAAGCUAUCUUCUGCUCUCUUGUUUUCAGCGUCCACGGGGAUGUUACUCAUCAUGAACAAGAUCCAACCCUCUCAACUCACGGAGGAACAACGCAAUGCUUCUAGGUUGUUCACGAACCUCCAAAGCGAAAUCCAAACCACAAUUGCACUCGGGAAUGCUAGUGAACACGACGUGAAGGGUGCAAUGGAGAAGGUUUUGGCGCUUGACAAGGCUUUCCCACUUCCCUUGUUGGGAGCAAUGCUUGAGAAAUUCCCUAAAAAAUUUGAGCCUGCUGUUUGGUGGCCUAAGCCUUCUAAACCCCAAGAGGGAAAAUCAAAUAUUAUUGGAAAAAUGAAUGGAUGGAGUGAGGAACUUGAAAUGGAACUGAGGGAGGUUGUUGAAGUGGUGAAGAGAAAAGACAGUGAGGACUAUGACAGGCUUGGGAACAUUGCAUUGAAGGUUAACAAGAGUUUGGCCAUUGCAGGUCCUUUGCUCACAGGUAUCUCAGCAUUAGGAUCUGCAUUUGUUGGCAAUGAUUCUUGGGGAGCAUUGGUUCCCCUCGUGGCUGGUUCAUUGGCUUCAGCAGUUAACAGUUUCGAGCAUGGAGGGCAAGUUGGUAUGAUUUUUGAAAUGUACAGAACCUCGGGUGGCUUCUUCAAGUUGUUGGAAACCUCUGUUGAAUCAACUUUGGAAGAGGAAGAUUUGGAGCGAAGGGAAAAUGGGGAAGUGUUUGAAAUGAAGAUGGCUUUGAAGUUGGGAAGAAGUGUGUCGCAACUGAGGGAGCUUGCUUCUAAAUCAGCUUCGUAUCGCAUGGAAGGAGUGCUUGAUGUUGACGAAUUUGCAAGCAAACUGUUCUGAGAGAAAAUGUUUAGUGAAUAGUUGUUCUUUCAUUCUUUUUGUGCAUGCAGUUGUUACCUGACGUAGGAAAAACAA